AUGUUAUUGUCGAAAGAAGAGGCUGGUCCUUCGAAGAAACCAAAACGUUCUAAGAAGGAUGCAAAGGCUACACCUGAGAAGCCGGUGCACGAAACUAAGAAGUCUCCUGAGAAGCAUGUGCACGAAUCCAAGCUGUCACCAAAGAAGCCUGAAGUAAAUGUUUCGACUGUUGUAAUCAAGCCAGUGGAACCUGUUGAUGAUACUCUAGUUAAGGAGAAAAUUCCUUCAAAAUCUGGUGUUUUUCGAAGAUUAAAGAAGAGGACUCGGGGUUCAAGAAAAUCUUCAGAUGGUUUGUUCAAAUCUUCUCCUUCAAAUGUUCGUAAACCACAACUUUCUCAUCAAGGAGUAAUUUUUCGUGAGGUUCCAGCUCCAGUUUCGCCUUUGUCAAAGAAACGUAGAGCUGAAGAUGUGGCUAAACACAUUUCAAAGAAGAAGAAAAGGCAACGAAAGUUGGUUAUACAAUAG